GGGGUGGGGCGGACCCAGAGGACCCCCGAGCCACCUGGGUCCUGUCAUAGUUGAAGGUGGCCGGCGGCGCUGUUUCUUCAGCGCUUGUAGCUCUGGCGGAGUCUGCGCGAUGGGCGACCCGGAAAGGCCGGAAGUGGCUAGGCCCGAGCAGGAUGAGAGGUUAUCUACAGAUACCAACGAAAAUGACAUGAAGUCAAAUGAAGAGCCACUCCUAAGAAAGAGUUCUCGCCGAUUUGUCAUCUUUCCAAUCCAGUACCCCGAUAUUUGGAAAAUGUAUAAACAGGCUCAGGCAUCCUUCUGGACAGCAGAAGAGGUUGAUUUAUCAAAGGAUCUCCCUCACUGGAACAGGCUUACGUCAGAUGAGAAGUAUUUUAUCUCUCACAUCUUAGCCUUUUUUGCAGCCAGUGAUGGAAUUGUAAAUGAAAAUUUGGUGGAGCGCUUUAGUCAGGAGGUGCAGGUUCCAGAGGCUCGCUGUUUCUAUGGCUUUCAAAUUCUCAUCGAGAAUGUUCACUCAGAGAUGUACAGUUUGCUAAUAGACACUUACAUCAGAGAUCCCAAGAAAAGGGAUUUUUUAUUUAAUGCAAUUGAAACAAUGCCAUAUGUUAAGAAAAAAGCAGACUGGGCCCUGCAAUGGAUAGCAGAUAGAAAAUCUACUUUCGGGGAAAGGAUUGUGGCCUUUGCUGCUGUUGAAGGAGUUUUCUUCUCGGGAUCUUUUGCUGCUAUUUUCUGGCUAAAGAAGAGAGGUCUUAUGCCAGGACUCACUUUUUCCAAUGAACUCAUCAGCAGAGAUGAAGGACUUCACUGUGACUUUGCUUGUCUGAUGUUUCGAUACUUAGUAAAUAAGCCUUCAGAAGAAAGGGUCAGGGAGAUCAUUGUUAAUGCUGUUGAAAUUGAGCAGGAGUUUUUAACAGAAGCCUUGCCUGUUGGCCUCAUUGGAAUGAAUUGCAUUUUGAUGAAACAGUACAUUGAGUUUGUAGCUGACAGAUUAUUUGUGGAACUUGGAUUCUCAAAAGUUUUUCUGGCAGAAAAUCCAUUUGAUUUUAUGGAAAACAUUUCUUUAGAAGGGAAAACAAAUUUCUUUGAAAAACGAGUUUCGGAAUAUCAGCGUUUUGCAGUUAUGGCGGAAACCACAGAUAAUGUCUUCACCUUGGAUGCAGAUUUUUAAAACUCUUCCAUGUUUUAAAACCCUAUAAACCUGUCAUUGGUAAAUAGCAGUCUGUUUUUCUCUGCUUUUUGUUUUUUUGUUGUUUUAACUUAAAAUAUCUCCUUUAAGGGAAUGAGGGUUUGCUCAAAAGGAAAUCCAAAACCAAAUUCCAAUCAAGUUGAAUUUACAUAAAUAUACUCUAAUUUUCAUUUUAACAAGAGUGCUUUUGUCACUAAUAAAAUGGCAUUAUGUAGUGGUGAAGCGCAUGGGGUAAGGAGUCAGAUAUGGAUUUGAGGUUCUACCCUUACACCUUUGUCUGACCCUUGGCAAGUUAGUUAAUCUCUGUAAAAACGCAGUGUAUUUAUCUUCAAAAUGUGUGUAAUAGUAGGUCCUGAAUUCAUAAAGUGGAUAUGAAGAUUAAGAUGCAAAAACAAGUGCUUAGCCAAUACUACUACUGUAACCACCACUAUUAUUAUUAUUAUUAUUAUUGAUAGUGUUAGUUACAGUGAUGAUGUGAUAAAAUGCUCUCAUUUCAAAGUAAUUUUGAUUCUAGAUACUAAGAUCUAGAGUUAGAUCUCUGUAUUUUUAAUGUUUGAGGAAAGACUGUAAGGAUUUACUUUCAAAGAUUGUAAUUCUCAUUAUCAUGAGAAUAACUUGAAUUCUUCAGUAUGUGGUAAAGAAAAGUUAGUUUUUAGUUGCUUUGGGAAGGAUACUUAUGAAGGAGAAUCCAGGAGGUUAUCCAUGGUAAGCGAAAUAAUUCCUCUUCAGAAACUGAAAAGUUAACUGUUGCCAGAUUUAGCCCUGGAAUGUUUAGAACCAGGAUGAAUUGGUAGAAUAGCAUUUGCCAAAGAAUAUUCUUUUUUUUUUUUUUCUUAAAAGAUGAUCGGUAAGGGGAUCUUAACCCUUGGCUUGGUGUUGUCAGCACCACGCUCAGCCAGUGAGCGAACCGGCCAUCCCUAUAUAGGAUCCGAACCUGUGGCCUUGGUGUUAUCAGCACCUCACUCUCCCGAGUGAGCCACGGGCUAGCCCUGCCAAAGAAUAUUCUAAGAGCAUUUAGCCUCUCUAGAUAUUUUGUGGGGGGAUAAAAGGGAUUCCGUAGUCAGUUAAGUUUGGGAAAUGCGGUAUACUCUGUUACUCUUCAGGAUGUACAGUCAGUACAUCAAAGACUGAGCUAUUCUGCAGUACCUAAACUCAUCCUGCAUAGUCCUAACUUACAUAACAUAGAUCUGUUUUCACUUGUUAUCUCACCCAGCUAGUGUUUCUCAGAAUAUAAAUUGGAAAAAACUGACCUAAAACCAUUUAUACAUAAAAGAAGGGCUUAUGGACUAAGUAAGGGAGAACGUGGUAAGGAUUUUUGAACCAUUUCAAAUUUGUACCAAGCGAGUAAUGUACUUAUAAUUGACUUCAGCUGCAUUUCUUUAUACUCUAAAACUCUUUUAUACUGUUAUAAGAUAUAGUUCUUUUUAUGGAACUAUAUAUGCUCCACAGUAGCAGAUGGUGAGGGAGAUAGAGGUGUCUCUAGAGGAGACUGAGGAAAGGCCAGAAGCCAAGGUUUCUAAGAAGUCUGCCCCUUCUUUAUUUUUAGAAAGUGUCAAGAGAUAACCUGAGCCCUAUUAUUUAUAAAAUUCUGGAAGCUCAAAUUCAGAGAUUUUCUUUUCGCAUAAUUUUUUGCUCCAUUAAUUCUACGACUAUCUAAUUGAUCAAAACUGGGAAUUCUCAAGCGAAUGUAAAAGGGGCAGGCCAUAACUUUAUUAGAAUGUUAGAAACUUGAGAUAUUUGGUCUGUGAUAAUUCUCUUUAUUUGUUCAGUGCUUCAUAGUUUGUCAAGUGUUUUUACAUAAUCUCAUUUGAUCUCACAAUAGCCUUGUAAGCUUGACAGAAUAGCUAUUAUUGAAAUAUUAUAGAUGGAGAGAGUGAGGCUUAGAGAAGUUCAAGAUCUGCUCAUAGUCCCUAUCCCUAUAAUAUAAUUUUUUUGGAAGUUCUCAUGUCUCUAAUAUUUAGUCCUUUGCCAUCUAUCUUGAUUUGAUUUUGCCUAUUUCCUCAUUAACUGAAGUAUCAUAUAGUAGUAUCAUAUACUUUAAAUGUCAUAUACCUUAAUUAAAGUAUCAAAAUAUCAUAGAGAAACAUUUGAACUAUAUUCAGAUAAUAUGUUCAAAGAUAUUUAUCAAGUGGUAGACAAAAACUUAACAUUUAAAACUGAUAAUAUCUGUAAUGACACUGGAAUGAAAGAAAACAGUUUUACAGUGCAUAUUCCCUUUGUUUUGAAUCCAUACUGUCUCAUGGGUAUUGACAGUUGCCUUAAUGUGAAUCUUGUUUAUAAUAGCAGUAAACCUAAGUGUAUUUGAAUGAAAAAGUCUUAAUACUGAAAUCUUGUAUUUUUAAUACACUGGUUUAUUAUAUUAGGUAUUCUAUAACCUUUUCCAGACCUCCAGAUUGCACAUUUAUUUAUUAUGUUCAGUACUUUGGUUCUUAGUCUUUAAAGAAUCAAGAAGUUGUGGGAUAUCGUUUUAGUAUUAUCUCACAGGUAAAGAAAAAAAUUGAGUGUAUUUACUACUGUUUUCUCUUUUUUAUAGCACCUGUAUUUAAAUCAUUGCUGUAGUAGUUAAAGUUAAAUUUAUUAUUUAGGAAUAUAAAAACUUGUAGUUCUAUGAUGGACUGCGUUUAUUAAAAAUGUUUAAUUGUAGCACAUGGAAUCAUGAACUGGAAGGACUUGGGAAGACAGCUUGAUCCAAUCCAAUCUGGGUUUUACAGUCCAGUUAUAUACAAUAAUAAACAAUUAUUCUUACAGUAUAAGCUGACCCCAGCCAUGUCUCGAUAUAUGAAACUUUUACAGUUGUCUCAUUUUGGAACAUCCAUAUUUUUCUGCUGCUUUUGCCAUUUUAUCUUUUCUUUGUGCAUGGAAAUAAUGAUUAUUGACAAGAUGUAGCAAUUUGCAUAUAAAUUGUUUAAUAUUCAGAAUUUUGAUUUUUACAUUUAAAUAUGCUAACAUCACUGUCAUAGAAUUUCCAGAUUUCAUUUGUACAGAUUAAGCUAAGGGCUAAGUGUCACAAACUGAUUUUCAGUGAUAAAGCUGCUGAUGGACUGCAUGAAAGCCAAAUUAGUCCUAUAAUCAGGUAUUAUAUUUUUGAAUCAAAUUGAAUUGUAGAAUCUGGAUGAGGGGCACAGAAGAGUAAUCUCUGUCUUUGUUUCCCACUAUUUCUCUUUAAAUGGUCUGCUUGUUUGUCAAAAGCUACAGGUUUAAAGAAGACUCUGAUAUUCCUGAGGCCUUAGGAAGGAAGGAUUUAAUCCUUCAAAUUUGGGUCUUAAUUCUGUUGAAGAAAAUAUAUGUGAAAAUGGAAGGCUGGAGGAUGAUUUUUUUGGUACAGAUAAAUAAGUUUAUACUGUUCUUAUGUACUUAACUCUGUUUUACAAUUAUGUUUCGAUUUUUCCAAAUGUCUGGUCAUUUAACAAAGUUAUUUAGUAUCUUCAGUGUACAUAGAAAGCUUUAUUAGGUGUGGUUGUACCUAAAUAUUUUUUGCUAAAAUACAUUAUGGUCAACCAAGCCAACCCUGCAUGUACAGAAUUCAUAUUUUUUCCAAAGAAAUGAGUUGUUUUGUUAUUUUUUGGUUUAAUAUGUUGAAAUAAACUGUAUCAUAGCUACA